GUGGAGGCCUCAUGGACCCGAUCAUCCAUAUCCAAAGUUGAAGGACUAUGCUGUGCAAAUGGCCUAUGAUAAUCUCUUCAUGCACUGGGGCGUCAGGCUUCGCAAGGCCAAGUCCAAGGUUUUGGUGAUUGAUGUUGACCCCAUGGAAGUUAAGCAGGAGGAGAAGGAUUACCAACGGGUUGACCAGGGUGAUGAUUGCCAGGGUGCAGACAAGAAGGGUGAGGAGUGUGAUGUGAAGGGGAUGGAAAAAGAACCUGUGGGGCCUCCCCGUGAAAAUGAUGAUGUGUCUUGCAUGAGCUCACCUUCGUCCGUCAAUGUUGCCAGCAUCAACCUGCGCAUGCAACAAAUCAAGCAGAAGUUGGCUGAGAGGGCAUUGGCCAAGGCAGCAAGUUUGCCAGCACCUGCAGCAUCCUUUUCAGGCGCAGCCAUCGACAACAUGGAGACCCUUCCGUACCUGGUCCCAGAGUAUGAGGAUUCUCAGGAGUGCCUUUCUCCCACCAGCAUUGUGACCCCGUCACCUUUGCUUUCAAGACUUCCUUCAACCACACCUGACAAAGUUUUGUGCCGUGGCCUGACUGAAGCAUUCGAGCAUGCAAUGCCCCCAGAACCAGCAUGCAAAGAUAUGGCACAGCAGCAGCAGCAGCAGCAACCCAUGGCUGAUUUGCAGCAGCAGCAGCAGCGACCCAUGGCUGAUUUGAUGGAGCCAGAGAAGCCCUCACCACCAUCCGGGGAGCAUGUCAUGCAAGUUGAACGCCUCUCCCUGGAACAUGAGAAAGUUGGGGAACCUGAGAAGCAUCUCCAACAACCUGGGGUUCCUCUCCAACAGCUUGCAUCUGAACCUGGCAAGCCUUUCCAGGGGCCUGAACAUCCUGGAGCAGGGGCACCUGACAAGGAUGAGGAUUUCAAGCUUGAGGAACCUUGCAAGCCUGUCCAAAAGCCUCAAGAUUCCGAAGUUGGUGAACCAGAAAAGCAGGGGGAACUUGACAUGCCUCUCCAACAGCCUCAGCAUCCCGAAGUUGGGGAACCUGACAUGCCUCUCCAACAGCCUCAGCAUCCCGAAGGUGGGGAACCUGACAUGCCUCUCCAACAGCCUGAGGAUUCCGAAGUUGGGGAACCUGACAUGCCUCUCCAACAGCCUGAGGAUUCCGAAGUUGGGGAACCUGACAUGCCUCUCCAACAGCCUGAGGAUUCCGAAGUUGGGGAACCUGACCAGCCAGAGGUUGACCAACCUGGGAAGCUUCAACCAACUGAACACCCUGAAGCAGAAGAUGAACUUGAGAAGCCUGGAGAGAUUGAGGAUGACGAGAUUGAGGAUGACGAGAUUGAGGAUGACGAGGAUGUGGUGAUGGUUGGGGAGAAGGGGUCUGAUUCUGUUCCUGAGGUGAAACCUGGAGAUAGCUUGGAGAUUGAAAAGGACCUCGAUAUGGAGUUUGAGAAGGAAGAGGAUGCCCCAGUUGUUCCGAGGGUGGACCAGUUCAAACAGAAGAAGGAGAACCACCCACCUGGACGCAGAGGAAGACCGCCCAAGAAAGGUGAUUCCAAGAGUGGCAAGCCCCGUGCCAAAGCCACAGCAAAGGCUGAGGCAAAGUCAAAGGCAAAGGCCAAGGCUUCACCUAAGUCAAAGGCAAAGGCCAAGGCUUCACCUAAGUCAAAGGCCAAAGCCAAGGCUUCACCUAAGCAAAAGGUGGAGGGUUUGCUGCGUCCAAGUUCGAGGAGGCCCCGCAUCUCCAUCGAUGACAUCAUCCCUCCAACACCUGCUCCACCUCGCCAGAGUAUGCCUGAAAGGGGAGUGACAGAACCUGAGCCUGUGUCAGCACCUGCAGCCCCUCCAGCACCUGAGCCUGCUCCAGCACCAGCAGCAUCUGGAAGAGGGAGGGCUGGGAAAAGGCGAGCUGCAGUACCUGCACCUGCACCUUUGGGACCUUCAGCAUCUUCGGCGCCUUCAGCCCCAGCAACUGGCCCCGCUGAAGCAGCAGCAGCAGAAGUGGCAGCAGCGCUCCCAAAGAAGAGGGCCCCUAAGAAGCAGAAGAAAGCUGAUCCCAAUGAAAGUGUGCCUGUGCCCGACCCUGAUGAUUCUGGUGUCUCUGAGGCUGAUGGGGGGAGGAAGGUCAAGGAGAAGUCCUUUGCGAGGAGGGCUAUGCCGAAGACCCAACCUGCCCUGAUGAAAUGGAAGGCGAUCCGUGACAUUUUUCACCAGCAAGUUCGACCAGAGCUGGGUGAGUUUUCCCGUUUCCCAGGCCGUCAUGAGGAUCCAUGGUGGAAGGUCUCUGUUGCCUGCUUUGCGGAGAAAGGGUGCCCUCCCAAUGAAGAGGGUUGCAAGCGGCUGAUCUACGAGUUGGUUGAUGGAUUUGUCGCGAACGAAAGGUCAUGCCGGGAAGUUUUUCCAUCAACCUGGCCAAGUUCGGUGUUGGGGCCGUUGGUGCAAGCUCAUCCAGAAGUAAUCUUCUUGGUGCUGCUGGUGCACUGGAUGGGGGUGGGUGAAGACUCUGGAUACCAAGUGCUGGAAUACUUUGCGGGAGUUGCUCAUAUAGCUACCUUGGCAAAGGCAGUUGGAUACAAGUCAUUAGCCUUUGAGCGUAACUUUGGUAAAGCCUCAAAGAGGCUUGCCAUUGCUUGGAUCUUACGAUCUGAGUUUGGCCUCGUGGUGGCACUCUUCGCUGUUUGCUGCUCGAGCUUUGAGCUCAAGAACAAGCUUCAGGCGGAUGCUUUGGGUGCAGCUGAGCCUGUGCCCAAAGUUGAAAGCGCCACGGACGAACAGCUUUUUGGCAGCCCUGUUCAGGCGGUGGAUCCAUACGUCCAAGACUUGGACAUGGAAGAUGGCCUGCAGGAUUUCUGGGCGCGGCAGGUCGAAGAGGUCAUGUUGAAGCGGCUUGCGCGCUUCUUCAAACCCAGGGCUGAUGGAUCCUACUGUGUUUCAGAAGACCUUGUCAAGUUGUGGCAUACCGAUGAAGGUAAAGAACAGCUACUGACUGAGUUUUCUAACUCCGGCUAUGACAAGGAGGUGAUGGCAUCCCGUUGUCUCAAGCGUAUCAGGGAGAAAAUCUCUGAGCAGGAGAUGUGGGUGGAAGGAGAAUUUGCGUCGGAGAUUGAUAUGCGUGAUGAGUUGAAAUUUUCGGAGAACCGGAUCAAGGCCAUCAAAGCGGAAUGUGAGAAACGCCGUGGAUGGACUAGGAAGAAACGGCGAUCUGUGCUCAGAGAAGAGGAAGACACAGAUGAUGAAUUUGAAGAGAAGAACGAUGACUUUGAAAUGAAUACCUGGAGCAUGAAAGCCCAGCCUGAGACAGGUGAUGAUGGGCUUUCCAAAGCGGAGAAAGCCCAAGCUGACAAGGAGCAUGCCUGGGCCAAAACAAUGAAGUCUGUGAGUUGGCCCGAAAUGGAUGAUGAUGCUGUCCCAUCGGCCUAUGUGGGUAAGGUGUUGGCUUGUUUGGGGAAGUGGCAGCUGAAAGUGGGACAGCUGCAAGCCUACCUCGAAGAGUUUGACAAAAAUGAUGCCUGCAUUUCUGGGCUUCUCAAGCAGGGUCAAUCGGUGGCCACGGCACUCACUGCUGUUGCUGACAAGUUGGAUGACAUAAACAAGCAGGCAGUUCUCAACAAUUUGGAAGAUGAGCAGCAGGAUCGGUCGAAGGAAGAGUUCAAAGAGGCGAAGCGAAGGCCGUACCUCAACCAUGCCAAGAGGGAGAUGAGGAAGCGCUCGGUGGACGCGGAGAACCAACCCGAACAGCCCCUGCGAAGGUGCUCACCGAACAUCGGAAUGCCCUGGCUGAAGAGAGGGGAACGGAGAG